AUGUCAACAGAUAAUCUCAUCUCAAUGGAGCAAACCCGCAGCGUUGAUCCGCCACGCGCUGACUACGCGACGAACGGGAAAAACUUCCCCAACAGCAACAACAACAACACCAUCCACAUGGAUGCUGCUGAGCAAAUGGAAUUGCAGGAUGUUGUUGGUGUACCGAGCAACGGCAAUAAUAAGCACAGCAAUGAUAACAGGCGCGCCAGGAGCAGCAGUGUGAAUGGCAAUAGCGGCGCCGAGGGAAGUCCUGGCGCGAGUGGCGGGGGCAGUCGGAUUGCCAUCACCGACAUUUCCACCACGCCGCCGCGCACCGCCUCCACGCGCAACAGUUCGGAGCGCAGUCUGCCGCUGCGCAGCUACAGCAAGUGGUCGCCCACGGAGCAGGGUGCCACGUUGGUGUGGCGCGACUUGUGCGUCUACACGACGGGCGAGCCGAAUGGCGCGAGCGGUGGCGGCAGUUUGCACAAAAUGAAGCGCAUCAUUAACAACUCGACAGGUGCGGUGCAGCCGGGCAAUCUGAUGGCGCUAAUGGGUUCCAGUGGCUCUGGUAAGACGACACUGAUGUCAACACUCGCCUUCCGUCAACCAGCCGGCACCAUUGUUCAGGGUGAUAUCUUGAUAAACGGCCGUCGCAUUGGCCCAUUUAUGCAUCGCAUCAGCGGCUAUGUAUAUCAGGAUGAUUUAUUUAUCGACACUUUAACCGUACUGGAGCACAUGACAUUCAUGGCGCAUCUCCGCUUGGAUCGUCGUGUGAGUCGUCGGGAACGCAAGGAAAUUAUAAACGAUCUAUUGGAGCGCACCGGUCUUCUGUCCGUCGCAUACACGCGCAUCGGCUCCGGCGAUGACAAGAAAAUGUUGUCGGGUGGAGAGCGCAAGCGGCUGGCGUUCGCUGUCGAGCUGCUUAACGAUCCGGUUAUCUUGUUCUGUGACGAGCCCACCACCGGUCUGGAUUCGUUUAGCGCUCAACAAUUAGUGCAAACACUUUAUGAUCUGGCCAAAAAGGGCACCACCAUAUUGUGCACCAUACAUCAGCCCUCCAGUCAGCUCUUCGAUAUGUUCAACAAUGUGCUACUUUUGGCCGAUGGGCGUGUGGCCUUCACUGGUUCGCCACAAAAUGCGCUGAACUUUUUCGCUGAGAACGGUUAUCAUUGUCCGGAGGCUUAUAAUCCGGCGGACUUCUUGAUUGGCGUGUUGGCCACGGAUCCGGGUUAUGAACAGGCCUCUCAACGUUCCGCGCAGCAUUUGUGCGAUAUGUUUGCGGUCAGCAACGCGGCUAAACAACGCGAUAUGCUGGUCAAUCUGGAGAUUCACAUGGCGCAGACGGGUGACUAUCCCUUCGACGUGGAGGUUGAUACUUUUCGUUCGGCUGCUUGGUACAAGAAGUUCCAUAUGAUUUGGUAUCGCGCUUCGCUGUCGUUGAUGCGCGAUCCGACGGUGCAACGUAUGCGAUUUUUCCAAAAAAUGGCUAUGGCCGUUAUUAUAGGCGCAUGUUUUGCCGGUACUAUAACAGUCUCACAGCUGGGAGUGCAGGCCGUACAGGGUGCACUGUUCGUUAUGAUAUCGGAAAAUACCUAUCAUCCAAUGUAUUCCGUUUUGAAUGUCUUCCCACAGGGAUUCCCCCUAUUUCUACGCGAAACACGUUCUGGAAUGUAUUCGACGGCACAAUACUAUGUGGCCAAUAUACUGGCGAUGCUACCUGGGAUGAUUAUUGAGCCGCUGCUGUUCGUAAUAAUCUGUUAUUGGAUAACCGGUUUGCGUGCCACAUUCUUCGCCUUCAGCAUAACGGCCAUAUCAAUCGUUCUGGUUAUGAAUGUUGCAACAGCCUGUGGCUGCUUCUUUUCCACAGCGUUCAAUUCAGUUCCUUUGGCCAUGGCUUAUUUGGUGCCCGUCGAUUACAUUUUCAUGAUAACAUCUGGAAUUUUCAUUAAAAUUAGCACUUUGCCAAUGGCGUUUUAUUGGACACAAUUCCUGUCAUGGAUGUUAUAUGCAAAUGAAGCGAUGACGAUUGCUCAAUGGUCCGGCGUGCAAAAUAUCACCUGCUUCGAGGAGAGCGAGAACCUGCCGUGCUUCCACACGGGUCAGGAUGUGCUGGACAAAUACAGUUUUAAUGAGUCGAACCUCUACCGAAAUUUGCUGGCGAUUGUGGCUAUUUACUUUGGCUUCCACAUUUUGGGAUACUACUUUCUGUGGCGUCGUGCUAAGAAGAUUUAAGAUUUAAUGGAGUGUCAACCGUCCAAAGCUGCGUCGUGGCGACGCCGCAGGUCAAAGCUGAACGCAAGGCUUUUUUGAUGUGGGCGCGUGGAUUUUUAUCUGCGUGUGUUUUGUUAAAUGAAUUUCAUCCCUUCUAUUUUAUUAUUAGGAAUCACAUAUUCGCUACAAUAAUACUUUUACAUUUAUAUUUUGCGCGAGAACUGCCUCCAAUAUGCUUAUUUAAAUGAGAUUUAUUGCCAUCCAAGGUGCAUUUUAUCUUCUCUACACAUUUAUGGUUUGGCGGUUUUAUUUGUAUUCACUUCGUUAAGUUCAUGAAGAGGGUCAAACCAAUUUGGAAAUUAUGAAGAUGAAUAAACAAAACAUUGAAUUCACAUUUAAA